UUCCGGUCUGGCCGGGCCCGGGCCUGGACUUCCUGCGGCGGGGGCGGCCCGAACCGGAGCCUGUGGUCCCGGGGCGCUGCAGUUCCGUAGGCGCUUCGCUCCGGAAAGGGCCUCCGUGAACUCGUCACCUUGACAGCUGGGUCGCGGCCGCGGCCUGCAGCCUUUAAACACGCCCUCCCCGUACUUGUGCGCCGUCGGCUAGGAAAGCGAACCCCGAAGGCCCUGGCGCCCCGCGAGCCCUCCCGGGAUGGCCGCGGGCACUGCUUCUGCUGGCCGCGCCGCGUCCCGGGCGCCGCCCCGUCGAGCCGCUGCAGGCCGUCUUCUGAGCUGUUAGGACAGCUGGUGUCGGAGCUGCAGAGCCCUUCGGGGGCAGCCGGAGGGGCGUUUCCCGUGGUUGCGCCUAGCUGUAAAUAGCAGAGCUGUAUUAAAGCAGUUUUCGUCCCCACACCCUAUGAUGACAGCCUCUUAUGCAGCACAGCCCCAAAUCAGGCGUGUUCCGGGGAGUCAGACCCAGCAUGGACCCUGAACUCUCUGAACAAGACGACGAGAAGAAGUACACUUCUGUCUGUGUUGGCAGAGAAGAUGACAUUAGAAAGUUGGAAAGAAUGACAGCUGUUGUCCAUGACAGAGAAGUGGUCAUUUUCUACCACAAAGGGAAAUAUCAUGCUAUGGACAUUCGUUGCUACCAUUCUGGAGGACCCUUACACUUGGGAGAAAUUGAGGAUUUCAAUGGACAUUCAUGUAUAGUUUGUCCCUGGCAUAAAUACAAAAUCACUUUGGCAACAGGAGAAGGAUUGUACCAGUCUAUAAACCCUAAAGACCCAUCAGCAAGACCCAAGUGGUGUUCCAAGGGAGUAAAGCAAAGGAUUCACACCGUGACAGUGGAUAAUGGCAAUAUUUAUGUGACGCUUUCUAAGGAACCUUUUAAAUGUGACUCUGAUUUUUAUGCCACUGGAGAGUUCAAAGUAAUUCAGAGUUCUUCCUGAUAAAAAAUAUAUGGCAGCAAAAAAUGUGUGUAUGUUUGAAAAUAUUUUACAGUAAUUUUGUUUCAGUAGCAAAGGUGAACUUUUUCCAACAUAGGUACUAUAUAUAGCUUUAAAAAUCAGAGGUUUUGUCAGGGGCUAGAGAGAUGGCUAAGAGCUCUUGCUAUUCUUCCAGAGGACCUGAGUUUGGCUCCUCACACUCACUGUGCUAAAGCAUUGUCUAGUGUUUCAGCCAUACAGAACGUGUGAGCCACAGCCCAGCAGCACUCUUGGCAUAGUGGAGACUAUGUUUUAGUAAACAUUUGUAAGCAAUGUGACUUCAGCUCCAGGGAAUCUGAUGCCCUCUUCUGGCCUCUGUGGACACCAGCACACAGGUCAUAUACACAUAAAUCAAAAUAGAAGCAAAUAUUUUUUAAACUCCUAGAUUUGGGAUGUUUAAAAGCACAUUUGCUUUAGUAUGACUUCUGGGCCACUCAAAGUUGACA